AGAUGAUCAAUUUAUUUAUUUACUAAUGUAUUAAAAAAUGAUGAAUACUACUACCGUGGUACCACACGGCCCUCGUUUAAUUCAAGUUACGGAGUACUCCGUGUCAUACAAAAUACAUAAAAAUAUCUCACCAUAAUCUAUACAAACCAUUUUUUCAUUUUUUGAUUUUAAAAGCCGUUGGUAUGAUGGUAUCUAACAAAUGACAAACUAUUAUCAAAGAAAUUGAGCCAAAUAUCACCUAACAAAAAGGAACUGAUAGAGUUGAAAAAAGUGUGAUGAAUCUUAUACUAUCAUGCUUUAACGACUUUAAACUCAUCAAAUUCCCCCCUGAAACGACAAUAUCAUUCCCCGAAACAAAUUAAAUUAAUUCUAAAUUCAAGAACAAAAAAGGAUUCGCAUUAGACCACCUUUACUUAAUUAAGUGCUAAUUAAUUACAUCCAUAAAACACAAUCAUCUCUGACAAACUCUACUUAACAGUCCUCCUCUUCAGUCUUCACUAUCACUUCCCACUCUCCCCCACUCUCUCUCCUCCCAUGGCGAUACUCAAUAACCUCCUCCCACCAUUCCUCCUUCUCCUCCUUAUUACCCUCACCUCCGCCCAAUUACCCGAAUCCGAAACUCAAACCCGAAAAACUUACAUUAUUCGGGUUGACAGAACCGCUAAGCCCACCGUCUUCCCCACCCAUUACAACUGGUACACCUCCGAGUUCACUUCUGAUGGAACUCAAAUCCUUCACACAUACGACACCGUUUUCCAUGGCUUCUCCGCCGUUUUAACCACUUCACAAGCGGAAAACCUAAACAACAACCCCUCCAUCCUCGCUGUUCUUGAAGACCGCCGCCGACACCUCCACACAACGCGGUCCCCACAAUUUCUCGGACUCCGAAUUCAGCGCGGGCUCUGGUCAGAGUCUGAUUAUGGCUCAGACGUCAUCAUCGGAGUUCUCGACACUGGGAUUUGGCCGGAGCGUCGGUCAUUUUCGGACCAAAACCUCGGCCCAAUCCCUAAACGUUGGAAAGGAACCUGCGAAGUGGGUGAGAGAUUCUCCCGCCGCAACUGUAACCGCAAAAUAAUCGGCGCUAGAUUCUUCUCCAAAGGACACGAAUCCGCGUUCCCAGGGAUUGGUGUUGGCAAUACGACGUCAACUUUGGAGUACAGGUCCCCGAGAGACGCCGACGGUCAUGGGACCCACACAGCAUCAACAGCCGCCGGAAGAUACUCGUUCAGCGCGAAUAUGAGCGGUUACGCUCCUGGAGUUGCAAAAGGGGUUGCUCCAAAAGCAAGGUUAGCAGUUUAUAAGGUUUGCUGGGAAAAAGCAGGUUGUUUUGAUUCAGAUAUUUUAGCUGCUUUUGAUGCUGCUGUAAAUGAUGGUGUUGAUGUUAUCUCUAUCUCAAUUGGUGGAGGGGAUGGUAUUUCUUCACCUUAUUAUCUUGACCCGAUUGCAAUCGGGUCAUACGGUGCGGUUUCUAGAGGUGUAUUUGUGUCGUCUUCCGCCGGAAACGACGGCCCAAAUACCAUGUCUGUGACAAAUUUAGCACCGUGGAUUACCACAGUUGGAGCGGGGACGAUUGAUCGGAAUUUUCCAGCGGAGAUUGUGUUGGGAAAUGGGAAGAGAAUCUCUGGAGUUUCGCUUUACGCGGGUUUGCCAUUGAAGAAGGGUUUGUACCCGAUUGUGUACCCGGGUAAAACGGGUACUCUUUCUGUGUCUCUGUGUAUGGAGAAUUCUCUUGACCCGAAAGAAGUUAAGGGAAAGAUAGUGAUUUGUGAUAGAGGAAGUAAUCCAAGGGUUGCGAAGGGGGUGGUUGUGCAGAAAGCUGGUGGUGUUGGGAUGAUUCUUGCAAACGGAGCUUCUAACGGCGAGGGACUAGUAGGAGAUGCUCACUUAAUCCCAGCCGUUGGUGUUGGAUCCAACGAAGGAGAUUUUAUUAAAUCAUAUGCUUCCACUUCACGGUCACCGACGGCAACAAUUAACUUUAAAGGAACAAUUGUUGGAAUUAAACCAGCGCCGGUGGUGGCGUCGUUUUCAGGGAGGGGACCAAGUGGAUUAAACCCGGAGAUAUUGAAACCCGAUUUGAUUGCACCAGGGGUUAAUAUUCUUGCUGGAUGGACAGACGCUGUCGGUCCCACCGGGUUAGAUGUUGAUACUCGGAGAACGGAGUUCAACAUUCUAUCAGGAACUUCAAUGGCGUGUCCCCAUGUUAGUGGAGCUGCCGCUUUGUUAAAAUCGGCGCACCCUGAUUGGUCGCCGGCGAUGAUCAAGUCUGCAAUCAUGACUACUGCGAGUGUGGUAAACAAUCAGUUAAAGCUCAUGACGGAUGAAGCCGUCCCUGGGAAAGCGUCUACACCGUACGAUUUUGGGUCCGGGCAUUUGAAUUUGGAUCAAGCUAUGGAUCCUGGUCUUGUCUAUGAUAUCACUAAUGAUGAUUAUGUGAAUUUCUUAUGUGCAAUUGGAUACGGGCCCAAGACAAUACAAGUGAUUACUCGGAACCCUGCAAAUUGUAACAUGAAGAGGAAAGCAUCCCCGGAGAAUUUGAAUUAUCCCUCCAUCGCGGUAUUGUUUCCGGGUUCUGGGGUUACAAGCAAGACGUUUAUAAGGACGGUUACAAAUGUAGGAGACAAUGUGAAUGCUGUUUAUAAGGUGAAAGUGCAGGUUCCGGCAAAGGGAGUGGCCGUGAUAGUGAAGCCACCUACAUUGGUGUUUAAUGAAAAGGCCAAGAAGGUGACAUUUACCGUGAAGGUGACAGUGGAUAGUCGAAAUUUGAAUUUGGGGGAAUCAGGUGCGGGUUUUGGUUCAAUAUCAUGGGUUGAUGGAAAGCAUGUGGUUCGGAGCCCCAUUGUAGUGACCCAAGUAAACCCAUUGUAAUGUGUUGGUGACUUGGUGGAUUAAGGAUGGGAUGUUGUAGGUUGUUGGUGUAUAAUAGGGAAAGAAGGAAUAAUCAAGAGAUGGUUGUAGGAUUGUAGACGUUUGAUGACUAGCUUUUGAUGGAUUAUUAUAUUAGGUGUUUUUUUUUUCUUUUGUUUUUUUUUUUAACCUAUUUAUGGUUGAUUAGCUUUUGAAGUUUCUUGUUUAGUUGUUUGCUUUUGGGAUGGGUAGAUGGGGUUGGGGUUCUGUCUUGAUGAUGAUGUUGUAAAUAAAGAAAAGACAAUGUUGUAUAAAGACAGAAAAUGACAAGUUAAUAGAAUUAGUAGUAUAAAAGUUCAAAUAGAUGUUGCAAAAUUGAAUCGCAUCAAA